CCGGUUGCUGUCAAAAGAGCCAUCGCGUGCUGUUUUCUUUUGAGACCACCACACGCGUGAAGCUAGGUGGUAUGGAAUCUGUAAUUUUGGACGAUUAAACAAGAAAGUUAUUGUUCGUUUUGUUCAAACUGAUUGUGAAUUGACGCUAAAAUGGCUUUGUUUGUGUUGUACGAGCACGCCGCCGGAUACGGGCUGUUUAGCGUGAAGGAGUUCGAAGAGAUCGGCAUGCUGUUGCCGCAGGUGGAAGCAUCGAUCCUGGAUUUGGCACGUUUCAAUGCAAUCAUCAAGCUAGUCGGUUUCCAUCCGUUCAAAACGGCCGUCGCUGCCUUGAACAAUGUCAAUGCCAUCUCCGAGGGACUGCUGCCGGACGAUUUGUCCAGCUUUCUGGACACCUCGCUACCAAAGUCCGCGAAAAAGAAGCCGGUAACGCUUGGUGUAGGGGAUGCGAAGCUGGGUGCAGCGAUUGCCGAAGCGCUGAAUGUGCAGUGUUCACACAUUGGUGCAGUGCCGGAAAUAUUGCGCGGCAUCCGGCAUCACUUUGGCAGCAUGGUGAAGGGUUUCACCGAUAAGUCGGCUGCAGUGGCACAGCUUGGGCUGGGUCACAGCUAUUCGCGUUGCAAGGUGAAGUUUAAUGUUCAUCGUUCGGAUAACAUGAUCAUUCAAUCGAUCGCACUGCUCGAUCAACUAGACAAGGAUGUGAAUACGUUCUCGAUGCGUAUUCGCGAGUGGUAUUCGUACCACUUCCCGGAGCUGUCCAAGAUCGUACCGGAUAACUACUUGUUUGCGAAAGUGGCAUUCUUUGUCAAAGAUCGUAAAACACUUACAGAUGAAAGUUUGCCCGGUUUGGAGGAAAUUUUGAUGGACUCAGAAAAGGCAGAAGCCGUCGUAAGUGCUGCGCGAAUGUCGAUGGGCAUGGACAUCUCCAUGGUCGAUCUAAUCAAUAUCGAAAUGUUUGCCAAGCGGGUUAUCAAACUGUCCGAUUACCGUCAGCAACUGUCUGGCUACCUGCAAUCGAAGAUGAACUGUGUCGCCCCGAAUCUGCAGGCCCUGAUCGGCGAUCAGGUUGGCGCCCGCUUAAUCUCGAAGGCUGGCAGCCUUACGAAUCUGGCCAAAUUCCCCGCAUCGACGGUACAAAUUCUUGGCGCGGAAAAGGCUCUCUUCCGUGCAUUGAAAACGAAAAGUAACACGCCGAAGUAUGGAUUGCUGUUUAAUUCUUCGUUCAUUGGCAGAGCGAACGCUAAAAACAAGGGGCGCAUUUCCCGGUUCCUGGCCAACAAGUGUACAAUUGCUUGCCGUAUCGAUUGCUUCACCGAAACACCCUCCAACGUGUUUGGAGAGGCACUGAAGGGGCAGGUUGAGGAGCGAUUGAGAUUCUACGAGCAGGGUGAAGUACCACGCAAGAAUUUGGAUGUCAUGAAGGAAGCGAUGUCGGAGCUCGGUCAGCAAGUAUCGGGUGAUGGAGGCAAGAAAAAGAACAAACGCAAGCUAGAGGACACGAAUGGAAACGGGACCGAAAUGAACGGAACGGCGGGAGGAAAUUCCGCAAAGAAGCGGAAGAAAUCGAAACUGAACGAUACGAACGGGGACGAUGCGAACGGAUCGAUCAUGCUCGACACUAGCAGCAACCAGAUGGACGUAUCGAACGGUGAAGGCAAGAAGAAAAAGAAGAAAAACAAAAAUCGAGAAUCAGUGGCCGAAGUAUGAGCAGCGCGCCAGAUCCGCAUAUACAUAAUCGAAAUAAGAUAUUUUAGGUGUGGCAUUAAUAAUUACAUUGACAGGCAUAAUAGAUUAGAAAGCGUUCAGCAAACGUUGCAUUGGAGUCCACCAUGAAGUAAAUGGCCCUCAACACUACUAUUAGCGGAAGAUAUAUUUUCUAUUAUUUUUUCAUUCAACAAAUUUUCUUUUUCCUCUUACCUUGUAACUUUGAGUCUUCGCACCGCUUGUAUCGGAAUAAAGCUAUCCUAAGCAGAAGACUA